CUUUUUUUCCAUUGCACAAAACGAGAAAACGACAAUAUAACAAAAAAAAAUUAAAAAUAAAUAUAAAUCGACUCGCGAUUUAUUUCUUUUUCAUUAGGUUUCUUGUUUCAGAUUUAUUAAUAUUGGAACAUGAACGAUCCAAUGGGAGAAACUGGAUUUUCUGGAGAAUCUGGCGAGAUCGUCUUCUCGGAGACGGAGAUGGCGGCGGCUGAACUGCUUAUGCAGCUGAGCGAAGAAGAAACGGGGAGCUGUAGCAGCAGCACCGGCGGAGGAGGAAUAGGAGAAGGAAGAGGACGCAAGAGAAGGCAUGAAGAUGUUAGCUCGAGAAUCGAAAACGAGCAAAAUGACGGCGUAAAAGGGAAUUGUGAUCUUGCCGUGAAGAUGAAGAAGAUGAAGGAAAAGAAGUUUCGAUCUCUCGUGAGUAUUUACAGAGCAACGAAGGAGAUUAGGGGUUAAUGGAAGAAAGGGGAUGGUUAAUUACGUUUGUUAAUCGUUUUUAGUAACCUGUUCAAUGAGUUUUUUCGUGUGAAUAUGUAGUGUGCUUUUUAAUCUAACGUUGGAGCUUGAGAAUUAGUGAUGAUAGUUUUUGAAGCUUUUAAGAUGUAAAUGGUAAGUGAACACAAAAAAAAAUGUAGAUUGUAAAAAGUAAUGAGAUGUUGUGAGAUACUCCUUUUUUUCUU